AUGCUUACAAAUUCAAAGGGAAGCGCCCCGGAAAAGGAGGGCCGUUUGGUCAAAGACAAGGGCCGAAAAGCUGAAGUCGAUUUCGGUAGGGAGGAGGGGAGAUGCGCAGUUGCGAUGAGCCAAACUUCCACCAAUAGCGAGUUCCGCCAGCGCGUCAACACGGCCAGCAGCAGGGACUCGGGGAUCGACUUGAGAGAAAUGAAAUCCAGAAGCCCCACCCCGAUGCAAACGAUUCCGGAGGUAAAGAAAGAAAAUGGUCAUCACCACCACCACCGCAUAAGAACAACCAAGGUCAAAAGGCAGAAGAACCCGUGGAGCAAAGUGGACGCGGAUACAGUACUUUGGUGUAUCGUGUUCGUGAUGACGGUGUUUGUAUUCAGGCUGCCGCUCAGCGUCUGGUUUAGUAUCCGAACGGAUUGGACGGCCGUCAACAACAGCUUGAUCUUGUUGGCCAUCUUCUGGGUGCUCGGCUUCGCGGUGAGACUCCACCAACGGCAUCCGAAGAGCCAUAAGCUCGUGAGGCAACGUUUUGCGCUACAGACCGUCAUUUGGCUCGUAUUGGCGCUGGCGGCUGGAGAAUUUUGUCGCGGCACCUGGGAACUCUUCCAUCUAUGGUCUCUGUACAUCGUUGGGGUCUCAUUUAUGUUUGUCUAUUCAAUCGUCCCGGUUAUUGUCGAGUUGCUC